UGAAUGACAAACAGAUGUUUGAAAGCAUGCAGUUAAAACGUAAACAAAUGAGUGAAGAUGGAAUAUCGUGUAUUGGAACUCUUUAGUGGCAUUGGUGGCAUGCAUUAUGCUUUUAAGUAUGCACAACUAUCCGGCGAAGUUGUUGCCGCUAUGGAUGUGAACACAGUCGCCAAUGCGGUUUAUGCGCAUAACUAUGGAGCGACAAGUGUAAAGACGAGGAAUAUUCAGAGUUUAGCUGCGAAGGAGAUCAAAAAACUGAAUGCCAACAUGCUGUUGAUGUCGCCGCCCUGUCAACCGCACACGCGCCAAGGCUUACAGCGUGACGUGGAGGACAAGCGAUCUUGUGCACUCUCCCACCUUUGUUUGUUGAUUCCACAGUGCGACACGCUUGAAUAUGUGCUAAUGGAGAACGUGAAGGGAUUUGAGGUAUCUCAAGCUCGACAGCAAUUUAUUGAAGCUCUAGAUAAGGCUGGCUUCCACUGGCGCGAGCUCAUUCUAACACCCACGCAGUUCAAUGUGCCUAAUACUCGAUAUCGAUAUUAUUGCAUAGCACGGAAAGGCAAAGAUUUCAAUUUCGACAAUAAGAAAAUAUGGGAACAUAUGCCAGGUACUAAACCUGAUCCAGAUCAGCAGUCAAUGUGCAAAAUAUCAACAUUUCUUGAGCCAGACGUUCCUGAUGACUUCCUUGUGCCAGAUGACGUGCUGUCCAAAAGAGUACUGGUCAUGGACAUCAUUCACCCAUCUCAGAGUCGAUCUAUGUGCUUUACCAAGGGCUACACUCACUACACAGAAGGUACUGGCUCGGUGUUUACACCUCUUUCGGAAACACAAUCCCACAGUAUAUUCGAAGCAGUUAAGCAAAUUGACAUGGAUCCCAACAGCAAAGAUUCCGAAGAAGCGCAAAAGCAAAAACUUGAACUUUUACGUCAAGUAAAACUGCGGUACUUUACACCCCGGGAAGUGGCGCGGCUUAUGAGUUUUCCCGAAGAAUUUGAAUUCCCUGCUGAGACAAGGAAUCGACAAAAGUAUCGAUUGCUGGGAAAUAGUAUAAAUGUUUGUGUUGUAGGUGAAUUGCUGAAGUUGCUGACUACAUAACAAAAUACAAAUUGU